CAAGUCACUUAUCACGGGGAUGGAGUCUGUAGAUGGGCAACACAGUCGUCCAGCUUGUUCAAACUUAACAACCGCUGCUGUCAUGAGGGGUCCGUCUCUUUUCCAGUAAUGCGCCGUGUGCCGACACGGUGGUCGCUCCACGAUGAACCGGUACCGGGCUGGAAGCAACGCGAAGCCCGCCUGGUUCCUGGCUGUGACUUGUUUGAUCAGCGUGCGCACUGCCUGCGGCUCUCCGCUGCUUGACCCGGAGGUAUUUCUAGAAAAAUAUGGCUACCUUCAUGAUGACAACUUCAUUCACAAUGCUGUUGAGAUGCAGGCAGCGAUCCGGGAGUUCCAGCGGUUGUCUCGCCUACCCGUGACAGGUGAAUUAGACAGCGCCACCCUCAGGCAGAUGGCCGAGCCUCGCUGCGGCGUGUCGGAUAAGGGCAGCCAACAGGUGUGGGCCCAGAGGGUAAACGUCAUCUUCACUGCAAGGAGUUCUGCAGCAGGACCACCGUGGCGCCGUAGGAAGCGCUUCGCACUAAAAGCCGAUAAGUGGUACAAGCAUCACCUGACCUACCAGAUUGUAAACUGGCCAAGGCACCUGUCUCUGGGCUCAGUGCGACUGGCAGUGAACGCCGCUUUCCAGCUGUGGAGCAAUGUGUCAGGCCUGGCGUUCCAGGAGGCCCCCCAAGGGCCCGCAGACAUCCGGUUGGCCUUUUACGAGGGCGAGCACAACGACGGGACCGGCAAUGCCUUUGACGGGCCAGGAGGAACCCUGGCUCACGCCUUCCUGCCCCGCCGAGGGGAGGCCCACUUUGACAAAGCCGAGAGGUGGACCCUAAAUGGACACAAGGGUCAUAAUCUGUUCAUGGUGAUGGCCCACGAGAUCGGACACACUCUGGGUCUGGAGCACUCGCCCGUGCGUCACGCCCUUAUGUCGCCGUACUAUAAGAAGCUGGGUCGCAAUCUGGUCAUGAGCUGGGACGACAUCCUGGCUGUGCAGCAGCUGUACGGUAAGCCGCCGGGUGAUCGGCUGGUGCGUCUCCCAGGUGAGGUUCUGCACGCUGCCCUGCAGGAGUGGGAGUUCAUGGAUGUCCACAAGGCUGAUGAGGGCAGCGGUCCGCCUCACUACUGCCGGUCUGGUGUGUUUGAUGCCAUUACUGUGGACCCAAACGGGACAGUGAUGGUGUUCCGAGGCAGCGCGUACUGGAGCGUGUCAGCAGAGGGGCGCGUGAGCGGCCCGCUGCCUCUCCGUCAGCGUUGGGCUGAACUCCCAUCGGCCAUCGAAGCGGCCACCUUCUCACCUCUGGACACGAAGUGGUACUUCUUUAAAGGGAGGCGUGUGUGGCGCUACACGGGCCAAGUACUUGACACAGGCUUCCCCCGGCAAAGCACUGAUUUGGGCCUACCUCGCCACUUGGAUUGCACCUUUUUCUAUGCCCCUCUGGGUCAUAUGGUACUCCUUAAGGGCUCCCGCUAUUUUGUUCUUAACCUGCAAACCCUGAGCCCAGAGCUGUACUAUCCUCGCAAGCUAAAAGACUGGACUGGUGUGCCGCAGGGUACCAACGGGGCGUUGAGCCGUCCAGAUGGGCGCCUCUACCUUUUCAGGGAGCGACACUUCUGGAGGUUUGACCCAGUAAAAGUGCGAGUCACCAGAGUGGGCCAGUGGGCCAAAGAGCUGAGUUGGACUGGUUGUAGUGAAGCUACUCAGAGCAAUGAAAUUCUUUGACCAGUAGAGGGAGCGUUACUAAGUGCUUUAUCUUGUUUUCUGGGACAUUUGAAGUAGUGAUGUGCAUUCCAGUUCUUUUAAGUGAACUGAUUCUUUAAUCAGUUCACUCAAAAGAUUCGUUCA